AGCGGGCAGAAAUUUCAGGAUAUGUGGCCCCAAAAAAAAAAAAGAAAAAAAAAAAAGAAAGGAUAUGUGGCCCACGCAGAGUGCGUUGGUUUGGGAAGGCGCGCCGGAGUCAAACCCGGCCGUGCCAUUUACGGCCUGGAUUACAAAGUCUUUGCUCCGGUUAGCACGCACAGAAAGGAACAUAGCGGACUCGAGGAAGCCACAUCGAGAGAGAGGAAGCCGACCGAAGCCAAGUAGAGAGAAUCUAGAGGGAGCUAUGGAGGGUUGGGACACCACCACCAAAGCUACAGUUCAGAAGAUUCCUCUCCUUACGACUCGUGCAGGGCCUAGAGACGGCGAGCUAUGGAAGAGAAGGCUCAAAGAAGAGUACUUGACUCUCAUCAAGUACAUGGAAUCUAACAAGAUGAAUGACAAUGAUUGGUUCCGCAUCUCUGCGAACCCUGAGGGAACAAAGUGGAAAGGCAAAUGCUGGUAUGUGCACAAUCUCCUCAAGUACGAGUUCGAUCUGCAGUUCGAUAUUCCCAUAACGUAUCCCGCCACAGCCCCAGAGAUCGAGCUCCCUGAACUCGAUGGCAAAACAGCCAAGAUGUACAGAGGAGGGAAGAUCUGCCUUACUAUCCAUUUUCGUCCUCUCUGGGCAAAGAACAGCCCUCAUUUUGGAAUUGCUCAUGCACUCUGCCUUGGCCUGGCCCCCUGGCUUGCUGCUGAGAUCCCCCAUCUUGUGGAGACGGGCAUGAUCCAACACAAAGACAAGAAGCUGACAGAGAAGGAGAAAGAGGCAAAGGGUACAUCGGCCUCGUAGCUAGCUGAGCAGCCAGCCAUCUUUCGUUCGCUUGUGUUUGGGCUUAACAACUUGAUUGAUGGGUGGGCUGGUGAUAAACUCCUGCAUCUUCCCCGAGAAUGGUCAAUGGGCAACACCUGCAUUGCCCUCUUUCACCUGAACUCAUUCCCUUCUUCCCUCCAUAGCUCAUCAUUCUACUGUGUCCGUGCUGCCUGUCAGAUGGGUUGCCCCUUUCCACUUUUUCUCUGGCAAUUAGCUGACGACAUCAUCGCGUUGGGUUUCAUCUUCGCUUGGUCGAUGAUAUCGACAAUUUCAUAUGUGGUUGUUCAACUAUCACAGGGACCGCGUGAGAAUAGCGGAGGAGCACUUGCUGUGUGGAUGCACUACCUUUCUCCUUUUCCAGUUCAUGUCAUUUCAUUAUUGCAGUUACGGAUGUGGAUCGCAGAACAUGCCACUGUAAUGUAUGUGGCAGUCGGAUGAAGGAACAUUCACCAUGUCCCCCGUCAGUGUCGGCUCGUCUCUUUGUCACAUCAUGCUGAAUGGAUCCGACUGCCUUGAUUUUGCUGUCCCUACCCUUGCCACGAGUCCAUGACCAUGAGCCAUCCACAGAUCAUUGGAUAAACCUGUCAGGAGAAAUGGCGAGGGACACCAACUGGCCUAGUGCAGUUGGUACACCCGUUAACUGUUGAAAUGCAGACUCGGGUUCAAACUCCACUGGAAGCAGAUGACUGAAGUACCACAACUCUGAAUUACCUAGGGCCGGUGAGUUCGAUGAUGGUGAUAUCUCAAGGCCAUCUCCCUUUUGAAAAUGAAGAAAGAAAUGGUGAGGGAUGGAAAGAAACAGAAAAGAGGGUAGGUGAAUGGCAAUGCUGCCUCGGCCUAACUGGGCCUGCUGGAAUUUCUUUGAAGGGUGUUUUCAUCUUUGUGAGCGUGAGGAGUGGCCAUACUCGUCAUCAAAUAAGGAAAUACGCCGGGAUGUCAUUUGUGUACUUGCGCUGAUCUAGCGCACAAUGAGAGGCCGGGCUGUCCUUCGUGUGUAUUUUGCGCUGAUCUAGAACACUGCUGUCCUUCGUGUGCUUUGCGGUGAUCUAGCACACAAUGACGUCAGUCAAUGAGCCCAGACCCUUUGCAGCGAAUGCCAUUGUCACAGGUAAG